CUGUGUGUAACAUCUCUGUUUCUUCUCUUUGAUGAUGGAACCGGGACGCCUUCAGGCCGGUCUGUUGUCAUGUGGAGGGGCGAGCACGGCCCGCAGGCGUUCCAGGCCCCAGUGGACGUCCACGCCAGUGCUGAUGGCCAGGUGUACAUGUUCAAACGGAGGCCGAAGGAGUGCGCCGCGUCCUCAGACGAGGAGGAGCUCAGCGUGGUGGAGAUCAGGCGGAGCAACCAGGACAGAGUGAGGAACGUCCGGCUGCUGGAGCGGGAGCUUCUGGAUGGGGAUAAUCUCAACAAGCUGGCUCUGCAGUACGGCUGUAAGGUGGCGGACAUAAAGCGGGUAAACAACCUCAUGCACGAGCAAGAUCUGUUUGCUCUGAAAUCGAUCAAAAUACCGGUUCAGAGACACAGCGUUUUAACAGAGACUUCCUCAGAACGACUCGAUCCUCCGGAGGAAACGCCAUCCUCCGCCGCCCCGGGGAGCCAUGGGGACAGAGCCCGAGCCCCGCCACACCUACAGGAGGUCACAGACUUUCUGAUCGAGGUGGAUAACGACAUCGACAAAUUGAUUCAGACCACCAACGACCACGGUGGGGAUUUAUUGGAUAAUGGGGAGAAAACCAAAAGGUUUGGCUUCAGGGGGAAGCGCCUGACCGGUCACGGUGCAGACUGGGGCAUCCAGUGGUGGAAUGCUGUGAUAGCCAUGCUCCUCAUAGGCAUUGUCCUGCCACUAUUUUACGUAAUUUAUUUCAAAACUAAAGAUAAAGGAGUGGCUUCACCCACAGAUGGUGCUUUACAACCACCCACCUCCCCGUCACAUGUCUCAGGAACAGGCCUGAGCACGAAAGGAGCUGAGCAGUUUGAGGAGCCGGGAUAA